AUGGCCGUGGGCAAGUCAGUUACAAUUUUUAGAUAAAAGUUUAGCUCCAAGACAAAUGACAUCCAAUAUUAUAACUGACUUUCCAUUAGAAAUACAGACAUAAGAAUUAAGAAUUAACAUAUCUUUCAGAGAUAACUUCUUCACUUAUGGCAUAACAUCAAUUUUCGACGUCGAACAAUCGGAUGAUCCACGAUUAUACGCGUGUACUGAUUCUUCAUUACCACUAACGAAGAAAAUUAAAACAAAAAGUAAAGGACCUAAUGAUCAGCCUGUCGGCGUAGACAAAGUUAUUGGUUAUCUGGAAAAUAAAAAGAAACAUACAUAUGAUAGUGUCGACCACUUAUUUCUCAGUUAUGCAGGAACCUUCAAAAAGUUUUUAGAAAGAAAUCUUAGAAAGGUUAAAAUAGAACUUACUAAAUUAUUCGCUGGCAUGGAAUUAAAAGAACUAGACAAACGCAUCUCUUCAAGUUCACUUUCCCUGCAUACUUCAAUGAGCAAUUAUUCAACUGACUCUGAUUUUCGUCAAUCAAAAUCAAAUGCUUUUCAAAACGUGAUGUCAUCAUCAGAAAACUGUUCUACAGAGUAUACUUAUGAUGAAUAUACCUACCGUCACUAA